AUGGCCAGCCGAACUUUCGCACCAAUGCUCCGCCAGGCGGUCCGCGUCUCGCAAAGAAAUGCCAUGGCGGCACCGUGCCGUCGCUUCUUGAACACCGAGUCAGCGCCUAGCCUCUACACAGCAAAGGCUCACGUCGUGGGCGCACGCACAGGACAUGUAGACGGCGAAAACCUCAAGGUUGACCUGACAAUGGCUAAGGCCCUCGGUGGCACUGGAGACGCCGGAAAGACCAACCCUGAAGAGCUCUUCGCAGCUGGCUACGGUGCAUGCUUUCAAUCAGCCAUGAACGCUGUCGCUCCUUCCCUCGGUCUCAAGAUGCCCACCAAGACUGAAGACUCGAUCGUCGAGUCGACUGUAGAACUUGUCGGCAGCAUGAAGGACCUAGACAUGGGACUGCGCGUCCAACUUCUCGUCAAGGUACGCGGAUUGGCAAAGGAAGACUUGGAGAAGGUGGUGCACAAGGCAAGGCAGGUUUGCCCUUACAGCCGGGCGACCAAGGAUAAUGUGUACACGACUGUUAGGUGUGAGACGAUGUAA